CCAAAAAUAGAGAGAAGCAUCAAAUCUCAACAUAACGGCGAUGUUAACGCCGUCAUAUUGACAUCUGUUUAAACUCCCGAGGCAAAAUCGUAUGAUCGCUUACGCAUUUCACCUACCCAAUUGUCUUCCCACAGGUGAGGAUCCAAAACCUCAAUCUGUUCGUCGGAGAGAUGGGUGUCGAUUUGGAAUCGGUAUCGGAAGCAACCUCCGGAGCCAUUGGGUCGCUUCUGAGUACAACGAUCUUAUAUCCUCUUGAUACAUGUAAAUCAAAGUUCCAAGCCGAGGUUCGAGCUCGAGGUCAGCAAAAAUACAGAUAUCUUUCAGAUGUUAUGUGGGAAGCAAUUUCUAAAGGACAAGUCUUGUCACUGUAUCAAGGCCUUGGAACUAAGAAUUUUCAGUCUUUCAUUUCUCAGUUCAUCUACUUUUAUAGCUAUAGCUAUUUCAAGAGAGUUCAUAGUGAAAGGACUGGUUCUAAAUCAAUUGGAACUAAGGCAAACUUGCUCAUUGCUGCUGCUGCUGGGGCUUGUACUUCUGUCUUGAUUCAGCCUCUGGAUACAGCUUCAUCAAGGAUGCAAACUAGUGAGUUUGGGGAAUCAAAAGGGUUGUGGAAGACCUUAACAGAGGGUACAUGGGGAGAUGCAUUUGAUGGCCUAGUGAUCUCUCUCUUAUUGACAUCAAAUCCUGCAAUUCAGUAUACAGUGUUUGAUCAGCUGAAACAGCAUCUUCUUAAGCAGAAAAACGCAAAAGCAGAGAAUGGUUCUUCUCCGGUAGUGCUCUCUGCCUUUAUGGCGUUUGUGUUAGGUGCGGUCUCCAAAAGUGUUGCCACCGUGCUCACAUAUCCAGCAAUCAGGUGCAAGGUGAUGAUUCAAGCUGCGGAUGAGUCGAAGGAAAACGAAACUAAGAAGCCCAGAAGAAGAACAAGGAAAACAAUUCCAGGGGUUGUCUAUGCCAUAUGGAGAAAAGAAGGGAUGUUAGGGUUCUUUAAGGGCUUACAGGCUCAGAUCUUGAAGACUGUUCUGAGCUCAGCAUUGCUGUUGAUGAUCAAGGAGAAAAUCACCGCAACGACAUGGAUUCUCAUUCUAGCUAUCCGUAGAACUCUGUUUCUCACAAACACAAAGGGUAAGUUGAAAAGUCCUUGAGACUCUGAAAAUCUGUUUGCCACCACCAAGGUUAUUUCACUUCCAUGUAAUUAGAUGAUGAAUGUGUGUAAUAAAAGUGAGAUAUCUUUGCGUAGAAGAAUCAAAGAAAAUGAAUUAAUAUGAAACAUUUCUUAAGAAACUCAAAUUUAAAACAUUAUGGUA